UAUAAGAACUGACGAAGGAAUUUUUAUUUCUUAGAUGUUGCUUUUAAACCCGACUGUAUGGUAACAAUUGAUUUGUGAUUAGUGUUUUAUUAAUAUUUUGAGUUACAAAAUGAACAUUGCUAUUGUUAGUACGCUUAUUAUAGCGAUAUUAAAUGCUAUUCAUUUUUAUGAUGCUGAAGCAGCAAUGAGCUUAGAACAAAUUCAAAAAAUGAUGAAUUCGUUGGGUAAAACUUGUGCGAGUAAAUCAGGAAUUACUCCAGAAAUUCAAGAGGCUCAUAAACGAAGAGAGUUUCCGGAAGAUCGAGGUCUCAUGUGUUACUUUAGUUGUAUGAUGAAGAUGACUAAAGUUGUCGAUAAAAAUAGUAAAAUUGAUGUCGAUGGAACAAUAGCUCAAAUGAGGGCGCUUUUGCCAGAUGAUAUUAAAGAAAGUGGCGUAGCUGCAUUCACCAAGUGUUAUCCAGGAGCACUUGGAAUUGAUGAUCUCUGUGAAAAAAGUUAUAUAUUGGCUAAAUGUCAUUACGAAAAUGAUCCGAAGUCUUAUUUUUACCCUUAAAACCACUACAACUUACUUUCGCAGUAUUAAAGAUUUAAGAAAUGAAUUUACAAACACGCUCAAAAGUAGUAAAAUAAUUAGCGAUAGAUUUUUUAAUUAGUAAAUAUUAUUUAAAGUAGCAAUUAAUUAAAAAAAUAUAUUUAUAACAAGUUAUUGAAUAAAUAAAAAUUGUGUAUGUUUGAUGCAACAGUAUAUUAUGCAACUAGUGACGUAAGUAGUCAAUUAUCCACAAGAGCGAAACGAAGUUAGACAAAAGAAAGAAACUUAAAGUUCAAAAAUAUAAAGUGAAAAAACUUACAGCGAUUUGACAAGAAUUAUUUCAUUUUUUUUGAAUCAAUUAAUAUGUAUUAAAAAAAUUUAUCCACUUGUUAAAGUAGUAUUUCCUUAAAUUUCUUGAUAUAAAUAAAUUUUUUUUAUACAUCUGGCCAUUGGUGUACCCAAAAUCUGACCUUAUAAACAAAUCUAAAGUAACAGUCUAAAAUUAAACAAAUAUUUAGCGUGAAAAGUUGCUUAACGUUUUUGGGAAAUAGUUUUGUUCAUUCAUGAGUUUAAAGCUGUUUGCUUGACCAGGAUCAUUAGUGAUAGUAAAUGGUUUUUUCCGCUAUUGAGGAUAUGGCGGGCUGUCCAGGAUUAACGCAACGCACAAUGGCAGUAAACACCAAUAGAAAAUAAUAACAAUACACCAAAUACAUAGGUGUGUCAUCAUGUGUCGACUAAUGGUUUUUUUUUUGCAUUCAUCGUAUUUUGGACCCCGAGAAAUCAUUAAUUUCGAUGAAGAAAUUUAUUGGAAAAUUAUCAUUUAUCUUCCGUGAAAUUUUCGUUACAGUAUGAACAGCUUUGAUUACUUUUUUUUUUUAUUAUGUACUACACAAACAUCAAAAAUGAUUAUAAAUA